GAAAGAUUAUGCUUCAACGCCGCUAUAUGUUUUUGAGAACAUACAUCUGUUUUCAGUGAGUUUUUGAAUGAAAGUGAGAACGCCUCAUUGACGACUCGGCGAAUUGUGUCAGCUCACGACGUUUUUUUUACAGGUUCUUUUUUUGGCGGCAAUGACUCAGAAUUUAUGAUUCUGGGAACCAGUGUUUCAUCAAACUAAACUAUGAUCCUACGGACUGGAAUGCCACCUGCGUAUUCUCUGUGUGCCACGAGAACACCCGACUGCGCUUUGGUCAGAAAUAAAGCGAUACUGCUGCUUGGAUUGUGUGUUUGACCAGCAUUCACAUAUGGAAGAAAUAAAGAAGUGAAGAAAUAAAAAAUCAAGAGGAAUGAAUCGCCCCUUUAUCAAAGUCUUGACUGCUUUAUUUGCAUGUUUAAUGGAGACCAACAACAGCAGGGUGGUGGAUGCCAAGGAGCAUGAGUCCAGAUCAGGAUCUACUACUAACUUGUCUCCCUCAGACUUUCUGGACUCAUUGAUGGGUAGAACAUCGGGUUAUGAUGCACGAAUAAGACCGAACUUCAAAGGUCCCCCAGUUAAUGUUACCUGCAACAUAUUUAUCAACAGCUUUGGUUCUAUAGCAGAAACUACAAUGGAUUACAGAGUGAACAUCUUCCUGCGACAGAAGUGGAGAGACCCUCGGCUGGCGUACAGCAAAUACCCAGACUCCUCUCUGGACCUGGAUCCGUCCAUGUUGGAUUCUAUCUGGAAACCUGACCUGUUCUUCGCCAAUGAGAAAGGUGCCAACUUCCAUGAUGUCACCACAGACAACAAGCUCCUGAGGGUCUUCAAAGAUGGUACCGUCCUGUACAGUAUCAGGUUGACUCUCAUUCUAUCUUGUCCAAUGGAUCUGAAGAACUUUCCCAUGGACAUGCAGAUCUGUACCAUGCAACUGGAGAGCUUUGGCUACACCAUGAAUGACUUGAUCUUUGAGUGGGAGAGCAAGGACAAAAAUCCGGUGCAGGUGGCCGCAGGGCUGACCCUCCCCCAGUUUAUCAUGAGAGAUGAGAAGGAGCUGGGAUACUGUACCAAAAGCUACAACACCGGUAAAUUCACCUGCAUUGAGGUGAAGUUCCACUUGGAGAGACAGAUGGGUUACUACCUGAUCCAGAUGUACAUCCCCAGCCUCCUCAUUGUCAUCCUCUCCUGGGUCUCCUUCUGGAUCAACAUGGACGCCGCGCCCGCCAGGGUAGCGCUAGGCAUCACCACUGUGCUCACCAUGACAACCCAGAGCUCCGGCUCCAGAGCCUCCCUUCCUAAGGUGUCCUAUGUGAAGGCCAUUGAUAUCUGGAUGGCAGUGUGUCUCCUGUUUGUAUUCGCUGCCCUACUGGAAUAUGCUGGGGUUAACUUUGUUUCCAGGCAACAGAAGGAUUUACUUCGCUUGAGGCGAAGACAGAGGCGGACUCACAAGGAUGAUGACAUGAGGGAUGGCCGCUUCAAUUUCUCUGGUUACGGCAUGACUCAGUGUCUGAAGGAUGGGUCGGGUGUUAAAAACGCCGUCUCAAACCCCAGCCCAGCACCACCAACCCCUAAAGAGAAAGAGGUGAUAAGAAAAAGGUUUGUGGACAGGGCCAAGAGGAUUGACACUGUGUCCCGAGCAGCCUUCCCUAUGGCCUUCCUCCUCUUCAACAUCUUCUACUGGAUAACAUACAAGGUCAUCAGGCAUGAGGACAUUGGCAUGCAGUCAGGGUAGUCGCUCUGCCCGGCAGGUUUUACCUAUGGAACCCUCAUCUCUCUCUCACUCUAAUUUUACUGAAUGAGAAAUGAUUGGACAGCAGUGAGACUACUUUAUGUUGUGGGACUGUACAUGGAGGAGAGGCACAGUGAUGCUGGGGGUGGUGGUUUUCUUUCAGGGAUAAUUGAUAGGUGUUCAAGCAAAAUCGAAUAGACUAAUGCACAUGUUGUAGAUGAACAAGUGGUGAGGCACAGAUAUAUUCCUAUGUGUUAAUGCAUCCUGGAGAUUCUACUGGGUUUUUACUCAAGGCACAGAGCAAUGAUGUAAAAAGGUGGACCACAUUUUAUGAGACAAUACUGCCUUUGCAUUUGUGCAACCUUGCAAUGGAGCAACAUUCCAUGCAUUUGUAUGUGCAGUAGUCUGGGCUUUAGGGUUAGACUUUUGUGUGGUUUUCAUAUGAAGGUUGAUUUAGAGCAGUUUUAUACAAUUGUACUGCAGUUCCUCACUGUUUCUACAAGCAGCAGUUCUAUACGAGCACAAUGUAUACACACACACACAUUUUUACUAUCCUUGUGGAGACCAAACAAUUGAUUCCCAUUCAAAAUCCUAUUUUCUCUAACCCCUAAACCAAACUCUGACCUUAACCCUAACCCCAAGACAGACUAAAAAAGUAUUUUUCCUUGUUGGGACUGGCAAAAUGUCCCCACUUGAUUGCAUUUUCCUUGUUUUACUAUCCUUGUGAGGAGUUCUGGUCCCCUCAAGUAUAGUAAAACCAAACACACAUCUAUAAGGCCUACAUGUGUGAAGAGAUUAAAUCCAGAUUGACAGUUAGAAACUGCAUUUUUAUAAGCUACCCAAAGCCUUAGAUAUCAUGGAUUUGGAGAUAAAUGGUAGGCUUCCCUAUCUUUCACAAAGCAAUGUCUCUUUUCACUCAGCUGUCUGUCAGAAAUGAAUGCACUUAUUUAUUUAAAACUCAGUAAAAUUUUGCCUAAAAGGUGGUUUGUAUUUUCCACUCCCCUUCAACGUACAGUUGAAGUCAGAAGUUUACAUACACUUAGGUUGGAGUCAUUAAAACUCGUUUUUCAACCACUCCACAAUUUUUUUGUUAACAAAUUAUAGUUUUGGCAAGUCGGGUAGGACAUCUACUUUGUGCAUUACACAAGUAAUUUUUCCAACAAUUGUUUACAGACAGAUUAUUUCACUUAUAAAUCACUGUAUCACAAUCCCAGUGGGUCAGAGGUUCACAUACACUAAGUUGACUGUACCUUUAAACAGCUUGGAAAAUUCCAGAAAAUGAUUUAGAAGCUUCUGAUAGGCUAAUUGACAUAAUUUGAGUCAAUUUGGGGUGUACCUGUGGAUGUAUUUCAAGGCCUACCAUCAAACUCAGUGCCUCUGCUUGACAUCUUGGGAAAAUCAAAAGAAAUCAGCCAAGACCUCAGAAAACACAUUAUAGAGCUCCACAAGUCUGGUUCAUCCUUGGGAAAAAUGUCCAAAUGCCUGAAGGUACCACGUUCAUCUGUACAAACAAUAGUACGCAAGUAUAAACACCAUGGGACCACGCAGCCGUCAUACCACUCAGGAAGGAGAUGCAUUCUGUCUCCUAGAGAUGAACGUUCUUUGGUACAAAAAGUGCAAAUUAAUUUCAGAACAACAGCAAAGGACCUUGUGAAGAUGCUGGAGGAAACAGCUACAAAAGUAUCUACAUCCAUAGUAAAACAGGUCCGACCUGAAAGGUCGCUCAGCAAGGAAGAAGCCACUGCUCCAAAACCGCCAUAAAAAAGCCAGACUACGGUUUUCAACUGCUCAUGGGGACAAAGAUCGUACUUUUUGGAGAAAUGUCCUCUGGUCUGAUGAAACAAAAAUACAACUGUUUGGCCAUAAUAACCAUAAUUUUGUUAGGAUGAAAAAGGGGGAUGCUUGCAAGGCAAAGAACACCAUCCCAACCGUGAAGCACAGGGGUGGCAGCAUCAUGUUGUUGGGGUGCUUUGCUGCAGAAGGGAUGGUGCACUACACAAAAUAGAUGGCAUCAUGAGGGAAGAAUAUUAUGUGGAUAUAUUGAAGCAACAUCUCAAGACAUCAGUCCGGAAGUUAAAGCUUGGUCACAAAUGGGUCUUCCAAAUGGACAAUGACCCCAAGCAUACUUCCAAAGUUGUGGAAAAUGGCUUAAGGACAAAAGGUUCAACGUAUUGGAGUGGCCAUCACAAAGCCUUGACCUCAUCCUAUAGAACAUUUGUGGGCAGAACUGAAAAAGUGUGUGCGAGCAAGGAGGCCUACAAACCUGACUCAGAUACACCAGCUCUGUCAGAAGGAAUGGGCCAAAAUUCACCCAACUUAUUUUGGGAAGCUUGUGGAAGGCUACCCAAAACGUUUGACCCAAGUUAAACAAUUUAAAGGCAAUGCUACCAAAUACUAAUUGAGUGUAUGUAAACUUCUGACUUCAACUCUAUAUCAAGUCAUCAUCAUUACAUACAUGUUAUCUAAUCUAUUUCAUUAUUCAACGUAUCAUCGCUAUUUUCAAACUCCAUCUUUUGCAUUUCAUUUUCUUCUUGUUCUAUUCUUAAAUAUGUCACAUGGGGUACAUGACAAACUUCUGACCUACAGACAAUAUCCCACUACUCAAUAUUCCCUUUUUGCCAAUUAAUUUGUUUGUAUCACAGAUAAAUAUUAGAGUUGGGGUGUACGUUUUGUAGAUUUAAUUGUAAUGAAAUGUUUAUUGUAAUGAAGGCAGAUGAUAUGUUUUUAAAAACUGAGAUUUCUAUUCUACUUCUUAAGAUUCCUCUGAGGACUGCUGAAUGCAUUCCCUCUUUGGGCAGUACGUAUUACAGUUAACAUUGUAUACUAUACUGCAUUGCCACUAUGAAGGAUAUCCUCGUAACACAAUGGUAUAGAGCAGCUAUUGGUCCUUGCACUCCUGACAUACUACAAGGAAAGUAUUUUCUUGAAUGCUCAGUGUUUCCCCUAUUUGCAUUUAGCAGCGGCGCAAUGUAGAUGUAUAGAUGUAUUCCUCAGAAGAUUUCAUCCCUGCGCACCGCAGGAAGACCCCCCCCCCCCUACUCUGCCAACGCUGCUGAAAGAAGUCCUAGGGGAAACUAAUGCUGUUUCUGAAAAAUGUUGUUUAAGAAACUGUACAUCAAUAAAGUUGAGUG